AUGGCCCUAGAACCGCAGCAAUUAAAAAACGUAUUAUUUGAAGAAUUCCCUGGAAGAACGCGUCAAAUUGAAACAUUAUUGAAUUGGUUUGGCACGCCAAAAGAAAAGACACCACCUAUGAUCUUCAUUCACGGAAAUAGAGCGCUCGGAAAGACAGAACUAAUUAAAAGACUUUUUAAACUUGGCUUCACAGCUCGACAAUAUUCCUUUCUUGAUUGCAGAGUUUGUUAUUCUAUCGAAGAUUUAUUUGGAAUUACGCUGAAUAAUUUAACUGGAAAACAAUAUUCUUGCAAAAAUAUCAAUGAUUUUGCUGUGGAAUUGCAGGACAUAUGCGAAAUAGAUUCUGAAACUAGAUAUAUG